GAUGAAGAUAGAUAAUAAUAAUUAAACUAUUUUAAAUAGAGUUCAAAUAAGAUUGUAUCUAUUUAAUAUGUUAAAAAAUUAAAUAUUAAGAAACCAGCAAAUUGCGCAUCAAGUGUCUCCCCUGGAUCAUCAUAGGUAUCUAGUCGUAGAUUGGUUUUUGUCAGCAAGAUUUAAGUUGUAUUGUGAAGAUGGCCAGCAGUACCACACUAGAAAAUAAAGACUUUCAAGAUUAUGUGAAGGAUUUCCCACCAAUUAUUGAUGGCAAAAUUAAUGCAGUAAAAUUUAUUGAAUCUGCAGCGGGCUUGUUAUGUGCUGUUGAGAGCCUUGGUAAAAUGUUUGCUCCAAUUAAAUAUGACAUGGAAGGGAAUAUUGAUAAAAUCAAGAAGUUGGAUCCAAAAGAAGGCUCUUGCUUACUUGAAUUACUACAUAGAGAAUGUUUACAAUCACAAGGCAAACCUGUAGCAACUGAGGGAUUAUUAUGGCUAAACAGAUCACUUCAUUUCUUUGAAAUUAUGUUUCAAGAGGUCAUACAGUUGGUUGAGGAAAACAAUUUGGAGAUAAAUAUGCGGAAGGUAUAUACCAUUGCAUAUGAGGGCUCCGUUAAGAAAUAUCACAACUGGGUCACUCAACAAAUAUUUGCACUCAUUUGCCGGUUGGCCCCUACACUUCGACAAAUGUUGAAAUCAUUUGGAGUGGACACCAACAACAUAGGACAAUUUAAAACCAGGCUCACAAGUUUUAACAUAACAUUACAUUUAGUGAGGUGUAAAAUUGAUGACUUUUAUAAAGAUAAAAAAUUAUUUUGUUAAUAAUAAUACUCAAAGGAUUUUUAAUAAGGAGCCAUAUUUAUUAUCCAAUUAGCAAUAGCAUUUUUAUAUAACAUUAACUAUAUUUUAAAAUAGUGUACAGAGAGCAUAGUCAGUCAAUUUAUAUAAAAGCAAGAGGUUCUCAUGUUUAGCAUUUAUUUAUUUUAUUUAAAAUAAUGUGGUUUUCCAUUAGAGGAGUAUUAUGCAUAUGAAUUUAUAUGCAUAUGCAGUAAGGGCAGAUAAAUGGUGAAAUUUUAGAUUUCCUAUUAACUAAUCUUCCCUAUUGCUCUUGAAGUAUAAUGACCCUUCUAAAAGUGGAAAGCCACAUGGUCUUCAUUAUGUAGUUGCAGCUUAAAAGGCCUUUAGGACACUGCUAACUUUGCCAAAAUAUUGCUAUACCAAAAACUAACAUCAAUGACAAAAUAAGGAAUUCAGUGCCUUGAUGAGUAUUGUCUUGCUCAUUACCAAAAAAUUAGAAAUAUAACAAAAUAUAACUACUACUUAGUACUGAUUUAUCAUUAACAUCACAAGGAUCUUGUAACCUCAAACAGUUUUUAAACAUUUCUUAUUUUAUUAACUUUGUAGGAAAGUCGCGUAAUAUUAAAAUCUC